CUCGUUUGCUUUUCUCGCUCGCUCCCCCCUCCCCCCCAUGCAGCUUUGAGGAGGCGGUAGUGGCUGCUCACGGGCAGCCCGGGGCCUAGUGGAAGGGGCCGGGCUGGCGCGGGCAGAGGGGCUCCCGUCGCCAUGGAGGGGAUGGAAGUGGACCUGGACGCCGAGUUGAUGCAGAAGUUCAGCUGCCUGGGAACCACCGACAAGGACGUGCUCAUUGGCGAGUUCCAGCGGCUUCUCGGCUUUCAGCUCAGCCCCGCCGGCUGCGCCUUCUUCCUGGACAUGACGAACUGGAACUUACAAGCAGCCAUUGGAGCCUACUAUGAUUUUGAGAGUCCUAACAUCAAUGUGCCCUCCAUGUCCUUUGUUGAAGAUGUGACCAUAGGAGAAGGAGAAUCCAUCCCUCCUGACACUCAGUUUACAAAAACAUGGAGGAUACAAAACACAGGGACAGAAGCAUGGCCUCCAGGUGUUUGUCUUAAAUAUGUCGGCGGAGACCAGUUUGGCCAUGUGAACAUGGUGAUGGUCCGAUCAUUGGAGCCCCAGGAGAUUGCAGAUGUCAGCGUACAGAUGUGCAGCCCUAGUACUGCAGGAAUGUAUCAAGGACAGUGGCGAAUGUGCACUGCCACAGGACUUUAUUAUGGAGACAUCAUCUGGGUGAUCCUCAGUGUGGAAGUUGGAGGACUUUUAGGAGUAACGCAGCAACUGUCAUCAUUUGAAACUGAGUUCAACACACAACCACAUCGCAAGGUAGAAGGAAACUUUAACCCGUUCGCCUCUCCGCAGAAGAACAGGCAACCAGAUGAAAACAACCUAAAAGACCCUGGGGGUUCUGAGCUAGACACAAUCAGCAAAAACACGUGGGGGCCUGCUCCUGACCAAAUUGAACAAGAUCAGACUGAACUGUCACAAAACUCUGUAAAUCUCUCCCCCAGCAGUCACUCGAACAACUUAUCAGUAGUGACAUACAGUAAGGGUUUUCAUGGUCCUUAUCCUUUUGGACAGUCUUAAAAACAAAAACGGGUAUCGUCGAGAAGAGAAUUUGACAAAGAAUGAACUUGGGAGGGAGGGGGAGUUCUUAUUGCUUAUAGAAGAUACAACAUGAACCCCCUUCUUGGUCUCCAUAUCCUGAGAUAAGAAGAAAACAAACAAUAACUUAAGACUAGUUGUUUCCAGAAAAAAACAAAACUAAAGUAUGCAUGUGUGAAUGCUGAAUUUCAGGAGUGCUGUUCAGUGCUAUGAGAGAGAAAAAUACACCAAUGUUUUGUUUAGAAGUCAUUGUCACAGUUAAUUAGGUAGCCUAAAAGAAAUUUUUUAAAAAAGAUUAAAAUGGAAAAGCCAUCUCUUUUAAAAAGAAAUUAUUUUGCCUACAGAGAGGUUGUAGUCUGAGCAAAUGUUAAUUUUUCGUUCCUUGUUCAUAACUUUUUAAAAAGGGACAGCGUGCAUUUUUAUGGAGAUGUGCUUGUUAUGAAAUGGAAGCUUGCUUAGCAUUUUCUUGGUUACUGCAGCUAUUUGUUUGUCAGAUAGUAUUAAUUUCUAGCUUGAUCAAUAUCCAGAUCCAUAAAUUUUAAUGACGUCUUUUCUUUCUUUCUUUUGGUUAUUUGCCUUUAUUCUGCUUUUGGUAUCAUUCUUCUGGGCAUGGUGUGCAUUAGUCAUCUGCUAGUUCUUUUCUGUUUGGUAAAGUUGCUCAGACCCAGUUUUGCCAUUCUUUGUGCAGGGCAAGAAUGUCAAGAGGGUAAAAACACUGAGCUGAUGCAAGAGGGGUGUCUUGUGCUUUGAUUGUGGCACAUGCUCUUACUUAAAUUCCAAAGUUUGCCCUGAACAGUUAGUAUAUUGAAAUAUUCCCAUGUUCAUUAAUGUACAGUAACUGUCUUUGAGACAGCUAUGCAUGUAUAUGUCACUUUUGUGCCAAGAAGAAAAAUUAUUUUCCGGAGUGGUAGAGCACCAAUUAUUAAAUUUCCAUGACACUUCUAAGAUAUAAAUUUCACAUCUUCUGUUUUAUAUUGGAAUGACCACUUUGAGUCUUCAUUGAUAAA